AUUCCUGACUUCUAAUUCGGUACCUCUCUCUCUCUCUCUCUCUCUUCUUACAUCCCUUCGAAGCUACUUCCCAAACAACACCACUCUACAUAAACACACCAAAUCCACAUCCAAUCCAACAAAAAGAUUCGUGGGCACCAACAAAAAUCCAAUCUUUUUCAAUGGGUAACAGAGAUCUGAACAACAACAGAACCACCUACAAAAACAGAGCGCCACCACAACCACCAUCAAAUUACUACACAACAUCAUCUCCAUACUACACUGAAUCAUCAUCAUCAGACACUCAAUGGACUUCUUGGCUUGUGCCCAUGAUCGUUGUUGCCAAUGUUGCUAUGUUUGUUGUUGUCAUGAUUGUUAAUGAUUGUCCUAAGCAUCAGAAUUUGAGGUCUGAAGGCAAGUGUGUUGGUGGGUUUUUGGGUAGAUUGUCUUUUCAGCCUCUUAAAGAGAAUCCACUUUUUGGGCCUUCUAGUUCUACACUAGAAAAGUUGGGAGCAUUGGAGUGGAAAAAGGUAGUGAACGACAAAGAAGCAUGGAGACUCGUCUCAUGUAUCUGGUUACACGCUGGCGUUAUUCAUCUACUUGCAAACAUGUUAAGCUUGGUCUUUAUCGGGAUCCGCCUUGAACAACAAUUUGGCUUUGCACGGGUCGGGGUGAUCUACAUGUUGUCUGGAAUCGGUGGAAGCAUACUCUCGACCCUUUUCAUAAAGAACAACAUUUCAGUUGGUGCUUCCGGAGCUCUGUUUGGACUUCUUGGAGCAAUGUUAUCUGAACUUCUUACUAACUGGACGAUUUAUGCCAACAAGGCUGCAGCCUUGAUCACACUAGUGAUCAUUAUCUUGAUCAAUUUAGCUGUCGGGAUUCUUCCUCACGUUGACAAUUUUGCCCAUAUUGGAGGUUUCUUAGCGGGUUUUCUACUUGGAUUUGUACUGCUUGUUCGCCCUCAAUUUUCUUGGCAAGAACGCCACCAUCUUCCCAUUGAGGCGCGUGGAAAAUCAAAGUACACAAUAUUUCAAUACGUUUUCUGGAUUCUUUCCAUGAUCUUGUUAGUCGCCGGAUUUGCUGUGGGGUUAGUAAUGCUUUUCAAUGGAGAAAACGGCAAUGAUCAUUGCAGCUGGUGUCAUUACUUAAGUUGUGUGCCUACUUCAAGAUGGCACUGCAACAACCAAUGAUCAAGAUCAUGUCACCGCAUCGUUCAUCAUCUUUUUUAAUGGUUUCAUUCUUUGGUUUUUAUAUUUUAUGAAUUUAUUGUUGUUUAUAUGCUUACAAAUCUUUCAUUGACUUCUGUUUCUUGUGUAAAUUUAUGGUUUUUAUAUGUAUUUUAGUAGUGUUCUAAGGUCAAAUUCAUAUUGGUGUUAGGCUUUUACUAGUACAAUUUAUGAGAAUAUGAAAUGCAAAUAA